AUGGAUCCUUUGUUACUCAACAGCUCGGGUGACCUCCCAGCUGCUAUUUUGCAGAAUAAACACUUUCCCAUCACUCCAGCGCCCAGCAUCAUCAAAACCCGCGCCCAUACAUCUCGUAAUCACUUUGUCCGCGCAACAGCCAAGCGUCAAGCCCAGCACAAAGGCGCCAACCUAUGCCUCGACACCGGAUUACCGUGUACCACGUCAAACUGGGGUGAAAGUACAUGCCAUCGCUGUGGUCAACAGGAUAACACCGCUUCUGCGCGCCGUCCUCAGCUCGAAAAGAUCCUACACUUUGAGAUCUCGACGGGGAAUCUGCAGCGCGCGAAUCCACGAUGGACACACGUCCAGCGUAACCGCAACGCCCGGAAUCAUGCCCAUUCUACUGGACUGGGUGGUUCCGAUGAGCUAGAGGGGAGGGAUCUGGCGAGAAGCAAGAUCCCUCUCCCCAGCGACCGAUAUCGUCUCGUCAGACGACCUACACUAGAAAGAGAGGAAGCGUUCCGUGAUGCUUCCACGGCGAGAGGGAAUGUCUAUCUGGGCCGAAAGAUGCCCAUGACUGAAGAUGACCAGGUGGCUGAGCUGUAUCGCAUGGGUCUGUUGUACGACGAUGAACAAGUUCGCGGCGAGGGCUUCAGUCUUGACAGCAUCAACCACCAAGAACCCAUCUACUCCAUCCGCGCCGCCAAACCAUCCCGCAAAUCCCGCCGCUCCCAAAGUUUCAGCUUCAACCAGCCUCUCCAUCUCGAUCUCUCCUUCACCGAUCUAGGCGGCGACCAAACCAUCGCCCAACUCCUCUCCUCUUCUGACGACGAUACUUCCCUUCCCGACUCACAGAGCCCAUCACAGCGCACAUUUGCUCCCCUGCGCGUGAUAUACGAGCUCGACGGGUCACAGCCCUCCUUUGACGUCGACACAUCGCAGCCACCAGACCUCAUCUCUGAUGAGAUACUCUCUGACUACGACUGCUUUUCCGACAGCGAAUUAGACGAUGGGCCUCGACAGCGCGAGGUCUUUGACAGUGCAGCGACUCCGACUUCUGAUGCUUGGGUGGUGCUGGGUGACGACUCGUAG